GCACCGAGUGCGCAGGCGCCGCGGGUCCUCGGCAGGCUGUGGGUGCCUGGCGGCGGCCCAGGCCCGCUCCCGGUGCGCUCCCGGUGCCAUGUGGGCCCCGCGGGCCGCGGGGGGCUGUGGCCUGCUGCUGCGGGCGGCGAGCCGCGCCCUGAGCCUCAGCCACAGCCGGGGCACGGUGGUGGUGGAGCGCUGGUGGCAGGUGCCCCUCAGCAAGGAGGGCAGGGCCCCGCGGCUGCACCCCCGGCGGCACCGCGUUUACCGCCUGCUGGAGGACACCAAGCACCAGCCCCGCGGCGAGCUGGAGCUCAUCCUCACCCGGGCGGUGGACAAUCUGGGCAAGAGGGGGGAUGUGGUGAGUGUGAAGAAGCACCUGGGGAGGAACAAGCUCCUGCCCCAGGGCUUGGCUGUCUAUGCCUCUCCCGAGAACAAGAAGCUGUUUGAGGAGGAGAAGAAGCUGCACCAGGACAGGAAGCUUGAGAUGGUGCAGACCCAGAGCGGGGAGAAGACGCUGCGCUUCCUGCGGGGCUGCCGGCUGGAGGUGGGGAUGAAGAACAACGUCCAGUGGGAGCUGACCCCCGAGAUCGUGGCCAGGCACUUCUUCAGGAACCUGCGAGUUUUUGUCCCUCCCCACGCGCUGAAGCUGCCGGAGGAGCCAAUCACGCGCUGGGGAGAGUACUGGUGCGAGGUGACGGUGAACGGGCUGGACCGGGUGCGGGUGCCCAUGGCAGUGGUGAAGUACCUGCGGCCCAAGACCAAGCGCUACAAGCAUUGGCUGGCACAGCAGCAGGCACAGCUGGCAGCAAGCAGGGAGAGGCUGCUGUGACCCCCCCUGCCUACCCUGGCACCCCCUUCCCAGAUCCCAGUUUAACACCAGUAAGCACUGGGACCCCCGCCCCGUGGAUGGACUUAAGGGAGUUCCCUGGUGCCAGUCCUCUGUGGCACCAAAUAAAGGUGGUUUGGGGCACCAAGGGGGUCUAGUGCCAACCUGGCA